AUGGAAGCGAGUUUGCUGGUUAUUCCUCUGUUCGUAUUGUUUUUAUCUACUACAGCUAAUGGAGAUGGGUUGAAGGUGGGUUAUUAUCGCCAAACAUGCCCUGAGGCCGAGGAGAUCAUCAGUGAAACUGUUGCCAAAGCUGUUAAAGCGAAUCCUGGUGUAGCAGCUGCUCUCAUAAGGAUGCAUUUCCAUGAUUGCUUUGUAAGAGGUUGCGAUGGAUCAAUUCUCCUUGAUUCCUCAGACAACACAGCAGAGAAGGAAUCACCCGUCAACAACCCAAGCCUGACGGGCUACGACAUUAUUGAUGAAUUUAAAUCCAAACUGGAAGCCAAAUGUGCCGGCGUCGUUUCUUGUGCUGACGUAGUGGCAUUCGCUGCAAGAGAUAGCGCUUACCAAGCUGGUGGAGUAUUUUGGGCUGUUCAAGGUGGACGAAGAGACGGAAGGGUAUCUCUCGCACCAGAGGUCACAGACAAUAUUCCUUCUCCCUCAUUUGAUGUAAACAGGUUGACACAAUUUUUUGCUUCAAAGCAAUUGUCGCAGGAGGACAUGGUCACUCUCUCAGGGGCCCAUUCAAUUGGGGUUUCUCGCUGUACUCCCUUAAUCGACGCCGUCAAUAACUAUAAUCUUUGA